AUGUUUACCAGAUGCUUAUCAAAUAUAAUUAGAACACAAAGACCAGUAGCCAAAACUGUACUAAGGAGCUAUUUUUCCGACAGUGGGAAGCUAAUAAUUCCUCGUCACGGAACUACGAUAUUAUGCGUACGCAAAAAUAAUGAAGUGUGUUUAAUUGGUGACGGCAUGGUUUCUCAAGGGACAAUGAUAGUUAAAGGGAAUGCAAAAAAAAUAAGGCGUUUAAAGGACAACAUUUUAAUGGGUUUUGCUGGGGCCACAGCAGACUGCUUUACCUUGUUAGAUAAGUUUGAGACAAAAAUUGAUGAAUACCCAAAUCAACUGCUGAGGAGCUGCGUCGAAUUAGCUAAAUUAUGGCGUACAGACAGAUACCUUCGACAUUUAGAGGCGGUGUUAAUAGUAGCGGAUAAAGAUGUCCUAUUAGAAGUAACGGGAAAUGGUGAUGUUUUAGAACCAUCAGGAAAUGUAUUGGGUACUGGGUCAGGUGGACCUUAUGCCAUAGCAGCUGCAAGAGCAUUAUAUGACGUCGAAAAUUUAUCAGCCAAAGAUAUAGCUUUUAAGGCUAUGAAUAUUGCUGCUGAUAUGUGCUGUCAUACCAAUAAUAAUUUUAUAUGCGAAACGUUGUGA